CUGGUUCGACGAUCGUAAGUUUGAAGCCAGAAAAUCAGUCUGCCAGUGUCAAGGGUAGUGUGAGGUAGUGCUGUAUACGGCUUAUAAAUAUUUCAGUGAUUCCCUAUCUUCGUGGCAAACGCAGAUAUGGUCAUCAAAGUGUACGUCUCCACUAUCUCCUUCAGCCAGGAGGUUAAAAAAAACCAACAGCGCGCUGUUAUGAUCCUUGAAAGUAAGAACAUCCCAUUCAUCGCCAUAGAUAUCACCGACCCUGGUCAAGAAGAUGCAAAAGAUUACAUGAAUGAGAAUGCAAAGCCAAAAGGAAACAACAGGGUUCCCAUGACACCGCAGAUUUUCAAUGAGGCUGAGUACUGUGGAGACUUUGAUGAUUUGGAUAUGGCUAAUGAAACGGAUUCACUUGGAGAGUUCUUAAAAUUGACCGAGGAAGAAAAGAAGGGCAUAAAGAUUGGCAUUACUGGUAUCCUUCCUGAAGACAGAGCGAAGGCAAAGCGACAGAGUGAGACAUCACAGUUGACCAAUGGUGUUUCAGCCAGUCUAGAGAAUGAAAAAGAGGCAAGUAUUGAAGCCACAACUGAUGAAACAAUAGCACCAGCAGAGCCAGCAGCAGAAGUCACAGACGAAGGACUGACAGAUGCUGUAGAAGAUACAGUAGAGACAGAAGUAUAUGGCGAAAUGGAAACAGUGGUUGCAGAGGGUAAGGAUGCAGUAGAUGAAGAGAUAGGAGCAGGAGAAACAGCAACCGAAAAUGAAGAUGGAGUGCCAGUAAACAGGGAUGAGGAGGAGACAGAAGUUGAGGUUGAUGAUACAGUAGCAGAUAAUGAAGUCAACUCGGAAGGUGGCAAAGAAAAUUUGACUAAAGCACAAACCGAAGAUGAAGAGGCAGAAGCAUAAGGACUGACUGGAUAUGGGAUCCUUCAAGAAGCCUAACAUUAAGGAAAACCAACAGCCAUGUGAACAUACCGAGAUUCUUUGCAGUUCAGUGGUAUUUAGAUGCUUGGAAGUUCAGCUAAUGAUACAACCUCAGAUUCAACAUUUCAAUGCCUGAAUUUCCCUAUAUAAAAGUCUGUGGUGCCUAGAUAAACCACUAAAUUAAUUUACUCUACUGAUUAGUUGGUGGCUUGACUUAGGUUUAACUUCUUGCUCUAUUCUUGAAUUCCAUUUUAGCCUUGCUCAGGGGGCUUGUCAAGAUAGUACCACUGCCUGUUAUUGCUCACAACCUAUUAAUUCAAGAAUGAGGCAAAUCCCACAGCCUCAGUGUUAAGGAAAAACCUGUUUACAUUUUUUUCAUUCACUUUGUCUUAAGUACCCUACAUAACAUGAGAUUCAGUGUUAUUUUGCCCCAAGGCUACAUACAGCAUAUUAGUCUCUGAAGCAAGUGCACAAGAUAAUCAACUACUCCUGUUUUGAGUGUCAAUGAAAGUAGUGUAAGUUGUAUAUUUCACAGUUAAUUUAAAGAAUCUUUUACUACUGGAUGUAUUUUAUGAGAUUCACUCUGUAUCAUUGUGUAUUAAGCAUUACAAGUGAUAUAAUCUUCUCAUUAACUGUAUCUGAGUAGUUACAUUAAAAACAGUCUUGAUUUAACUGUUUUACAAUGUUGUACUGUGUGAAAAGCCACCAUUAGUACAAGUAAAAUCUGGCAAAGAACUAUUUAUUCAAUUAACACACUUAAGGGAUUACUAAUCUGGAUCAAAUACUUGUACACAAUGUUUUAUCAAUCAUUUAAAUAUAACUAUUUUAUGAAGCUAAAUUGAUGAUGCAAGAGGAAGUGCAGUAGUGUAAACCACAUCCUGUAUUGUGACAGGUUGUGAUGGUUUUGUUUUGUUAAAAAGCAACCUGUUAUCUUCAACUGCUUUAUAUUUGUUUUUCAUGGUCAUCUACUCAAGCAAAAAAUCAUACAAAUCAUGCAAGCAAAUUUAAUUCACAUAUAGAAUUACUGUAUGUAACAAAUUAUUUAAUUAUUUUGUAAACUGGAGAAAGUUUCUCAUUUUAGUGCACAGGAAACUUUAGUUCAUUCUUGGACAAUGUUAUGUUUUUUCUGUUCUCUACUCCCAUGUGAUAAUACAUAGCAGGUAAAUGCUCGUUAUUGGACAUUUUUUUUUUUCAACUACUAGCUUACGGGAAAGAUAAACCGUAUUGUAUGCAAGUGACUGCAGAUGAUUUGUCCAUAGUUAAGUGCUUCCUAAGCUUUUAUAAUUAAAGCUAGGAAUCUUGCCAAUUGUAGGUGAAAAUGUGAAUGUACCUGUUUUACUUUAUAAAUAAAACUGAAAAUUUAA